GCAACUAUCGAAAGGUCCAUCUACUUCAACAAUAAUCUUAACAUUUGCUUUUCCCCCUCUUCUAAUAGAUUGAUCAUUACCAGUUCCAAUCACCGAAUUGCCACUUCGAAGCGGAACAUGUCAUCGGGGCUGCCCGGUUCACGAGCUGACAGGAGGCUUCGAUCUUCCUCUGAGGGUCCGGGCCACAGAUCUUCGCUACAAAGUCAUUGCGCUGCACCCUUUGACCAUGCUGCAUUCACCCCUACACCUACUAUUUCAAAACCGGGCCAGACCUUGGGUCCGCCUACGCCUACUUCGUGUAGCAUUACUAGAACGCAUCAACAACCAUCGCAAAGUCUUGUCCACCAGAGAAUCGCUGCCCUAGAGUGUCUCAAUGGAAGCCCUAUAAAGAUACCUUCCCGAAGCCAAUCCUUCAGCGCCGCCCCCUCAACAGUUACGAUGCCUCAACGCCCUUCCAGUUGCUCCAUAGCAUCGCAAGCGCCCCUACGCCCUGUCAAGGUCCAAAGAUGGGAUGGGAAAGCGCGCACCGUGAGCGAUUGGGAUGGCCUUCGCCGUGACUCUGACCUUUGGUUUGAGAACGGCAAUUGUCUUGUGCAUCUCUACGCACGCGGGCAAUCACGCCGUGGAGCGUCAUUCUGUGUUCCAUUCAAAACUCUGACCAGAUCCCGGUGCCGUCCUCUGUUUGAUUCUUACUUCCCACACAUCGCGGAGCCUUUAGGUAGCGAUGUGAAGAAUCAGACGAGGAUUCCAGGAUCUCGUGACAAGGACAAACCCUUUUCGCCUAAAAUCGAGCUUUAUAUCCCGGCUCCAGCAUCGGCUACCAAAGAAGAAGCUUUCGAGUGGCAUCUGACAACCCGUAACUUUUUCGCUUACAUUUUCAGUAAACCGCUUGUUGGCAAGCAUCUGGGUCGGGCACUUGUCAAUCUCGAAGAGAGAAUUUCAAGGUUUUGCUCACACGAUGAUAGCCGAAGCAAAUUUCUGUCAUAUGCAGAACGUCAGGGAUAUCGUGAUUACGUGGAUUGCCCGGAUUACGCGCUUGCGAUGCUGUAUUACGGAGAGCACUACAAGCUUCGCAGUAUAUGGAUCGAUGCAUUCGCGCAUUGUGUUGGCAUGAACGAGAGCUUGCCUAUGAGUCCAGAGUACAUGUUGAUCUCCUCUCUGACCAAGGCACUUAUUGUCCGAGCAUACCUGGAAAUGGACAUCCAUCUGGGCCGUGCUACUGCGGCCGUCCGUGAAUUCCUCAUGGACGACGUUUCACCAACACACCUGGGUCUCAGUGAGGGUGCCUUAGCCCACAUUGAUCGAUUUCGGUCCUUUUUGCAAGGCUUUUAUAUUGAAAAGUUUGGGUAUUGGCCUCCACCCAAAGGCGUAAACUUUCCCAAGGUCAUGUUCCAGUCAAUGUACCAUGACUUCAAGAAUCUGUACGAUUAUCUCGUGGAUCCAGAGUCAACCGCCGAUUUUUCUUCACAAAAACCAGCCAGUGGGGGUAUAUGUGUCUUGCAGAAUAUUGAGUCAUUCGACAAGCGUCAUAAAUUCCCCUCCCUGCCUCAUCCUCUCCCACUGCUACCCAAGGAAGUCAAUCCGAAGAACUUCGCGGGGUCCCCAAACCCAUUCAGGGCAUUCUCUCCCGGACCCAAACAUAACAAAUCAGAUCUAUACAUGACCACACAUGCUGCACUCACAGCGGCGACUAAUAGAGAGAACGUCACCGUGACAAGCAGCUCUCUAGUCCAGGAGUAUCAGCGAUUUGAAAAGCAGUGGGCUCAUGUUCAUCGAGAAGAGAAGAUCUCCACAGCUGAUGCUCGUAAAGCUAGGUGGAUUCUGAUUUACGGAACACUACAGUAUCUCGUGUCUACUCUUCGAGCUCCCAAAGAGGUACGCGACACUAGAAGCCCAAAGUACCCAUUAUGUUGCCUUGUGGUGGAACAAUCUCCAUGGCAGCUGGGAUCGAAAGCUUUGACGUCGCCAAAAAGUGCAUCAGUCAAUACCCGGAAGCCUUCCAGGAGUCGACGAUCUGAAACAGUGCAGCACCCGGUCGAAUCAAUUGCAGACAUACAGCCUGAUUGUCACCGAGAGCAAUAUUUUACCCACACAAAUACAGAUCCCCCGAGUCGACGAGUAUCUGUAGAUAUCCCCGCCCCUCUCAAGAUAUCUCAGCUUGCGCGCAACACAUCUUUGCGUUCUAUCAAACGAUUAUCCUUCUCCGGCUCUAGGAACAGCGUCCACCUCAAAUCGCCCCCACAUCAUGAGAUCAUGGUGCGCGGAUAUGGCAAUGGCUUGAAUGAGACAACCACAAGCCUUCCUCUCCCCUCCACGUCCCAAUCAUCUUCACAGAGGACAUCGAUGAUCCUGAGCAAUGUGCCCGAUUCUUUUACGAUUGGGCCCAACCGUAAUGGCUCUUACAAAAGUUCAAACCUGCCACAUCUAGCACUCGACUGCAAUACGGCGGACGACACGCAUAAAGCUCCCGUGCCGGUGGAACAAACAUACGAUUUCUCUCACAGGUCGUCUCCAAAAAUAGGCCAUUCCGUCUCGAGCUCGUCAAAUAGUACAGGCUCAAGCGACAGCCCCCUCUGGAGUGAUGGCGCAAGCGCUUCCUCAUCUGAUCUGAGCAUUUAUAGUCAGGCAGAUGUGUAUGCGUUGCCACACGAAUUGUCGACCUGUCCUAGUAAAAACGACCAACAGUACAAAACAUCACAUUCUGCUGCUGAUACACUUUCUGGAAAAGCUACUCAGAAAGUAUCAUCAGAUUCCUCAAGGACACCUAUCACGUACGGAGAAUUUUCGUUUGGGUUCGAUACAACAGACCCUGCAAUUUCAAGUUCACAACGCACACCAUAUGCUGCUGCUAGGGAGCGCCGACCUAUCGGGCUAGCACUGACUGCUCCAGCUACUCCUAUAUCAAAGACCAAAACUUCCUCCCCUAUCAAAUCUAUGUCAUCAAACGAAUCUCUACGAUCGCUAUCUGCAGAAUCCCUCUACUCUAUCACACAGGAGUGCAUGCGUGUUGCUGCUGCUGUCGAGGCUAUGCCGCCUUUGCGCGCAGAUCCUUCUCCUUCGACCCAUUCACGACCAGACAUUCCUCGACCAAGUUGCUCGAUCCCAACAAGAACGACCAGAUCGUCCUCUACACAGGGCGUGAAGAAUGAAAAUGUGUUAACACGAUUAGCUGGGUCACCGUCACUAGCUAAGAAACCUAGUUCUUCGUCCAAAACUUCUGUGUCCAAAACUCGCAACGCUUCUGUCGUCAAAAGUGUACCAUAUUCAGGAGCCAAGGAUGGCGGUAAACCCGCUAAUACGAAAGAAAAAGAAAGUCCUUUCAAGUUGCUAAGGAUGAGAAGCUUCUGGCGUCGCUGA